AUGAAGGCGCGGCUCGGCGACUUCGGGCUGGCCAAGCUGUACGACCGAGGCACCGACCCGCAGACUACCAGCGUGGUGGGCACCAUGGGUUACCUCGCGCCGGAGCUGGCGUGCACGCGGCGGGUCACGCCGGCCACGGACGUGUUUGCGUUCGGAGCGUUCGUGCUGGAGGUGGCCUGCGGCCGGCGACCCAUCGAGCACGGCGCGGCCGACGAGAACCGGCUGGUGCUCGCGGACUGGGUGCUCGAGCGCUGGCACAACGGGGACGUCACGGACACGGCGGACCCGCGGCUCUGCGGCGCCUACGAUGUCGAGGAGGCCGCGGCGGUGCUCAGGCUGGGCCUGGUGUGCUCCCACCCGGCGCCCGCCGCGAGGCCGUCGAUGCGGCAGGUGGUGCAGUACCUUGACGGCGACGUGCCGAUGCCCGAGCCGGCGCCGACGUAUCGGAGCUUCACCGCGGUGGCCUUGAUGCAGAACGCCGAGGGCAACGACUCCUACGUUGCCUCAUACCCGUUGUCUUCGGCGACUAGCGUCGGCGCAUCCUCUCUUCUCUCCGGGAGGUGA